AUGUCUUAUCAACAGCAGCAGUGCAAGCAGCCCUGCCAGCCACCUCCUGUGUGCCCACCGCCAAAGGGCCCCGAGCCAUGUCCACCUCAGCCAAGCCAGCAGAAAUGCCCUCCUGUGCCACCUCCUCAACCCUGCCAGCAGAAGUGUCCACCCAAGAGCAACUAA